AAUUUCAUUUCUGUGUGCGAGAUGUGUAAGAUGUAUGUUGAUCAACACCUACAGAUAAACCAGCGAAGUUUACUGUUAAAUUUUCGUUCUGUGACAUCUUAACUUGUGAAAAUAUGAAGUGUACUCAUUUUCAAUUAUUAGCCUUUUCCGGCAAAGCUGUUGAGAUUAAAAGCUGAUACACAAAACAAGAGUUUUUCAGUGUUAAAACCCUAGAAAAUUUGAUGAGAUUUUGGAUGGUAAACAGCUAGCAGGGAGUAAAAUGACACAAUAAACUGACAGAUCGUGAGAUCACGUGAUGGAUCAUCGCCUAAACAGUUCAUCGUUAGUCAUGAAAGUAACAAUUGUUUGCACCCAGGAGGAAUGCUCACAUCAAACGGCAGAAUUUUAUGGCAAAAAUGCUGAUGUCAAACCGAACAAUUUUACAGCAACUUCGUCUUGAAAUUUGAGUUAGUGAACUGUUCAUUUCGACUAUUGUUUUAACUUACGGGGGAAAGACUGCAAUGUUUUAACAAGUCUUCAGGACAGGAUGACAAAUCCUUACUAGGAAGUGCAAUAUCUCUGACGUUUCAACUUUCAGAUUGAAAACAAAUCAUUUCAGUUCAUUUCUAAAGCAACAAAAAAUCAUUUUUUUCGAUAUAUUGAGAACUUGAAUUUUGUGUUAAGACCGAGAUAUCAUAUAACACUGUUAUAAUCACUCAAAAUAGAAGGAUAAAGUCUUGUGUAAGAAAUAGUUAAAAGUAUAAAGUGGACUUUUCUCCAUUGGAGUUAUCUGUAGCCAUGCCGUCAUCCACCAAAUGUGAAUUUGUCUGGAAACGAAAGCUCAGCUGGAGAAAACAAACCAUGGACGGCCAGUUAUACUGCGAGUCCCAUGUUCCGCAGACAAAGUCCACCCCUCCGAUCAGUCCAGAUAAUGAUGAAAACUCUACUCAGGCGUUGUUUGAGAUGCUGGUACGGACGCAGGAGCGAGGCCGCAUCGACGACCAAAGAUGCAACAUGCCAACCUUUAAAAAGAUUUCUCCAAGUGUAACGCCGUCAGAACUGAAGAAAAGUUUUGAAACAGUGGAGGAGGUUUUAAAAAGGCCCGGUCCCUACCCCAUGGUUCUCCAACCUUCCAAUGGAGGUUACUGGAUAGAGGGCUGCCAGACAUGCGACAGCAGGCGGAGCCUAGAAAACGGAAUAAACAAUUGUGCCGUAGACUGUAGAAUAGAAUACGAUGAAACAGCUCACUGCUACAGACAAUAUUUCCUAGGAAGGGAGCACUUUAAUUACUACACAGAAGAUGAUAGUCUAGGUCCUAUGAUAUUGUCUAUGAAGGAAGAAUAUAACUCGGAACAAGAAUAUGUCCGGGCAAUAAUCAGAACACGAUAUGCUACCCAACAUAAAUUGAUACCUGUAGAGCAGUUGGAUUCCAUACCAAACCCAAUCAAAGUAGCGAAGUGUGUAAAUGAUGAGAUCUCAGUCGACAAAUUCCACCCGGUACUGACGACAAAAGGUUCGGAGAUGAUUGUCCAGUACGACGAACAUCACCUUACCAACGCCUACAAAUUUGGUAUCAUCUACCAGAAGUUCGGCCAGACGACAGAGGAGGCGUUGUUUGGGAAUGUUUCCCACAGCAAGGCAAUGGAGGAGUUUCUCAGUGUGAUAGGCGACAGAGUGGCCCUGAAGAAUUUCAAAGGGUUUCGUGGAGGGUUAGACACACAUCACAGUCAGACAGGAGAGACAUCCGUGUACACACAUUUAGAAGACAAGGAGAUCAUGUUCCACGUGUCGACACUUCUCCCCUUCACGGAGGCCGACCCACAGCAGCUACAGCGCAAACGUCACAUUGGCAACGACAUCGUCGCCAUUAUCUUCCAGGAAGAAAACACACCAUUUGUGCCAAACAUCAUCGCCUCACAUUUCUUACACUCGUAUAUUGUGAUACAACCCAUUAAAGACCCAUUGACCCAACAUACACGUUACAAGGUGUCUGUUACAGCAAGGGAUGAUGUGCCGGAGUUUGGACCUAAACUGCCAAAGGAUGGAAUGUUUGAAAAGGGACCAAAGUUUAGAGACUUCCUGCUGACAAAGCUUGUUAAUGCUGAAAUGGCAUGCUACAAAGGUGAAAAGUUUGCCAAAUUAGAGGAGCGUACGAGAGCAGCGUUACUUGAAUGCCUUCACCAGGAACUGCAACGCAAACACAUAGAAGUGUUCGGCAUGCUCCCAGUACUCAGCUGUAAAACUGAGAGUAAAACAUUCAUCGAGUCGUUCAAACGUGUGUUAAGUACCAAAGGUAGAAACCAGUCAGACAUCAACCUCCCGUUGUCAGCGAGACGGAAUGGCACCUUCCUACCUACCGUCGGUGAGGAUGAUAAACCGUCCAGUCCUAAAAAAUCACCAUCACCCAACAAGAAACUGAGUCGACAAUUUUCAUCAAGUAUUGAGCGGAAACACAAAGAAAAAUUAGUACAGAGAAUAGACAGCCAAAGUACACAGUCCUCUUACAAAACGUGUAGUGCCCCCUCCAGUCCUCAAUCUAGUCCCAGUAGUACAGCGUCUGCUCCAAGAAUCAGCUAUGGUUUGCAAUUAUCACCAUCCAACUCUGAAAGUUCCUUCAACAGUAUAGAGGAGUUUAGUACUACACCACAAAUGUGUAACCCCGAGGACUCGGACACUGGCAUGGUAGGUCACCAGGGGGCGCCACCGACUACCCACAAUGCACUUGUCCGGGAGAGCAUGUCAUCUGCAGGGACACCCAAUAAUUACACAAAACCUUCCAUGUCUAACAGUUUCCAUGACGAUGGAUGUGUUUUUAUCACAGAUUGUGAUCAAGGAUGUGAUACCACCCGACAGCAGCUAGAAUUCCUUAAAACAGAAGUACAAAAGUUAAAAAAUGAGAAAACGGAUUUAAUUCGCCAAAACAAGACUGGCCAGAAGGAGAUAAAUGGAUUAAGACAAGAGGUUCAUAGACUCAGAUUAUCUACCAUAGAAAUCAGUGCUGAAGCUACGGUGUGAAAACACAGUGUUGACUUAAUAGGGAUUUCUAUUGUUAUCUUAAGUACGGGUUAAACAGAAGAGGAUUUCAUUGGUUAUCCGAACACUUUCUUCUGUUUAUUUGAAUGUUUCAACAAACAUAUUAGAGAUUAUCUUCAAUUUUUUAAGAAUUCAGGUGUCAGGAACGAAUGUUGUGUGUUUUGGAGGAGAGAUCACAAAGUCUAAUGUUGGCACAAGUCAGUGGAACAUUCUUCAAAAGAUUGAAGAAAACCAUGAUCAUGCCUUAUGGAAGUACAAUGAAUUGAAAUGAGCUGUUUGUCAGACACGUUAAGGCCACUUCCUGUUUCUAAUGGAUUUUGGGAAAGACGUUAUCACAGGAAUUUGUUUUGGGUCCUCGGAUUCUUAAACUGCAUUCACAGAUUAAGAAAUUACAUUUUCUGGUACGAUAUACCGGCAAAAUUGCUUGAUCAGUGAUGUGAUCUGACAAAUAUCAUAUUAUUGGUAACUACAGAGUUAACGUUAAAACCUCAUGUUUUGUCUGAUGAGAUGUCGCCAUCAAAGUGGGAUUUUAACGAUGGACUUAAAACACAUUUAUGUUCUGUAGAACGGUAAAAGAUUGAACUUUUAUCAAACAGUCAGUAUGAUACAAUUCUAAACUGUGUCAACAAGAACUGUGGAUUUUAAGCAGCCUUUGUCAUGUAUGUGAAGAUGUGAGCGAUUUUGGACCAAAGGAACUUUAUAAAAUGGCCAUCAUUUAUCUCGAUUCCAUGUGGAUAUUGACUUGAAUAUUUUCACUAUGAAAUCAUGUUUGAUGUCAUCGUCAUCUUCAUCUUUUUUCAUCAUCAUUAUCUUCAUCAUUAUCUUUUUCCAUCAUCAUCAUCUUCAUCUUCAUCAGCAUCUUUUCCAUCGUCAUCAUCAUCAUUACUACAUGUGCUUUUCAAGUGGUGGCGUUCAGACUUGAUCAUGUGAGCUUAUCGAACCGUCAAAAAGAUCAUGUGAUUUACUUUAUUACCAUUACAUGGAUACAGGACUUUAAAUGGAACUGACUCCUGAUUGGUUGCAUUCCCCCUGCGUGUCUCAUUUGAAGUGCUAUAUAUAGAUAUCACUAUAAAUCAUAAAUAUAUACCUAUUUUUUUUAACAUUCUCAGAGUUGGAUAUACGACAGAUUGCACUUUGUGAAUGGCCUCAGUCGGAUUGGUUGGAAGACAGUUGCUAUAGAAACACAUGCAUUUCCUCAAUUUAAUGACAUUCACCCUUUAAAGACACAUUUGAGCUCUUCCAAUUCAAAGGCUUGAAUAGUUCAUAAAGAAAUUUCAGGGGUGAAUGAGUUAAAGAUGGAAAAGAUGUGGCUCUAAAUAUUUGUCUUUGGAGAACAUGAAGCUAUUUUUGCAUCAAUACAGAAUGUUUAACUUACUAAUCUAUAUUGCUAAUCCCAUUUAUCAAAUCAUUGCUUCAGACAAUUCAGCUAAUAUUAUUGCAUGCAUGCAAAUACAUGUUGGUUUACAAACAAUUCUUGUGAUAGAAAUUCCUGGACUAAUUACCAUGAGAUGAGUAUGAAAUGUUGUCCUCAACUGGUGUUCAGUGUAGGUAUUUUUUUUUUGGAACCUGCAUUUAUAUGAUUUAUUAGGUGAGCCUUUUUUUAACAUUGAAAAGUGAAAUUCAAGGAAAUUAAAUCUUGAAAAUUUGACUAAAAAGCAUAUUUUAGUAUUUUUUAACCAAUUACCAAAGACACAGUUCCAGAAAUUACUAUUUCAUUUUGAAUCAUUUGAAAUUUUGCAUUACAAAUCCAAUCAAGCAGGAAAAAGGUAUUAAAUUAUGAUAUUUUAACAGAAAUGAUUAUUUUUUGGAUAUUGAUUUUGUGUUUUCUGUUUAUAUAAGUUCACCUGAUAUGAAAGUAUAUUCUAUAUUUGAAUUUGGCAUGAAUCAACUUUAUAGCUUGACCCUAUAGCUAUAUGAAUACUGUGUCUAAACCCCAGAAUCUAUGGAGACUGUGACUAAACCCCAGAAGCUAUGGAGACUGUGACUAAACCCCAGUAGCUAUGGAGACUGUGACUUAACCCCAGUAGCUAUGGAGAUUGUGACUAAACUACAGUAGCUAUGGAGACAGACUAACCUACCAUAGCUAUGGUGACUGUGACUACACUCUGGUAGCUAUGGAAACUGACACAACCCUAAGUAGUUAUGCCCUUGUGACUUAACCCAAGUAGCUAUUGAUACUAGAACUAGAUACUGCGACACAAUUUGAGAAGCUAUGGGUACUGUAACACUUCCCCAGUAACUAUGGUUACUGACACAACUGUAAGUAGCUAUGUCCCUGUGACUAAACCCCAGUAGCUAUGGUUACUGACACAACUGUAAGUAGCUAUGUCCCUGUGACUAAACCCCAGUAGCUAUGGUUACUGACACAACCGUAAGUAGCUAUGUCCCUGUGGCUAAACCCCUGUAGCUAUAGUUACCGACACAACCUUAAUUAGCUACGUCUCUGUGACUAAACCCCAGUAGCUAUGGUUACUGACACAACCGUUAGUAGCUAUGUCCCUGUGACUUAACCCCAGUAUACGCUAGUAGCUAUGGCUACAGUAAACACAUACCUUGUUGCUAUAGUAAAGUAAAUUACUUGUCCCAGAUGUGGCAUCAGUGGUGCUAUAAAAUAGAGAUUUAUCAUUUACAACCAUGUGCAAUAUAUUUGUAUAAAAGUGUGAAUGUUUCUUAAAUGGAAAUUUGUUCAAUAUCAUAUGUUUAUUAUAUUAUUGCAUUCUAAAUAUUGAUAAAUAUGCUCUGUUCAAAUGUCAAAAUAAAAACAAAUCUAG